AUGAGAGUUAGCCAAUCGACGACUUCAAACCCUGAGCCCUGCAUGAUGGAUGAAGUGUCUUUAGAAGAUUUGGCUAGAAGCGCGUCUCUCGAUCCUCCCAAUAACAGUGUUUUUAUUGAAUCGGCUUGUUCAAAGUGCGGUAUAGACGCCCGAUUGAUCAGAGAUCACAUUGUCUUCCUCCAGACUCAACUGCGUGCCCAAUAUGAACGGAGUGCAGCAGAAGCUAAACUUAGACAUAUGCAUACACAAACCCUGCGGCUUCUUAUUAGAGAGGUCCAGGAGCUGAAGGCUUGGAGAGCAUCCAUACGUGAACCUUCAUCCUCCGUCUCAAGCUCAAAUUCUGUAUUGCGAAGACUUUCUCCAGCUCAUCCUGUACACUCUUUAUUUACUGACCCAGGGGCUUCAGAAUUGAUUAAAGUUGAAGCAGAGGCUACACCUGAUCCACAGGUUGAGUGUAAAGCAGAUGAACUCUCUCUGCGAUUGGUUUCACCCGUCCACAUCAAGCCUCUCGUUACUCAUAGUGAAAUCCGAUAUGGCAUUUCUGAAUCCCAGACUCCUCUAAAUUCUAAUUCUUGUCAAAAUAUUCCAUCCCAAAACCUUCUGCAUCAAAUAUGUCAGCAAUCAGAAAAUAUCAGAGAGCCUUUCCUUCUCACUGACCAAGGUGCUCAGAUAGUAUUUUCAAUAUCACGCUCGGACAGCCCUUCCUUUUCCACUGGUCUGGGAACAUCCAUUACAAGUCCGAUUCCUACUAUCCACCGAGAUUCUAUCGACAAAAUAGAGGACAGACGUGAGCAUGAUUUGCUGUUGUGGCCGAAUUGUUAUCAAGAACCUAUUAACACUCAUUCUUCUCUCCUAAAACCAUCUGACUUUCCUAAUCCUCCUCAUUCAUCAUCUAACAUUUCACUUCGCAUACCUAGCUUAACUGAUACAUCUACUGCCUUACAUUCUGGAUCGGUUAUUUUAAAUGAAGCUGGUGACUCAAAACAGCCUUCUCCAUGCUUAAUUGAACCUCUUAGGAACUUUUAUUCAUCUUAUCCUGUUUGCACGACAAGUAACUUACCCUCCAUACAGACACCCCAAUCAGUCACCUCAGCUGCAAGCGCACCUGUCAUGGUUCAGCUAAGGCACAAUAAUCAUGCCACAUCGUCCCACUCCCUUCCUCUACACACUUCCUUUCAGACCUCAUUAGCCCCCGACUCUGUCCCCUUUGCUGUCGCUGACGUCUCGGAGAUUGCAUUUUUUUCAGAUACCUCAAAAGCAUUUAGAACACUGGAGACGGUAGAACUCGCAACCACGCAUGGUACGACUCAUUGUCAUUCGCUUCAGAAACCAUCUGAUUCAUGUUUGCGAGCUACUAAUUACUUUUCGCAGAUCAACCUUUUAUCUCGAAAGGACGCGAAGCUGGGCAAAGUUGAAGAAAAAUCGCCACUUGAUACGAUCCAACCCGGGUCUAUUAUUUCUUUACCAAUGAAAUUCAGACCGGUAGAGAGUAUUUUAUCUAGCCAAUCAGAGGAAAUUAUACAUCUGGAUUUACCUCUCUCUCCUAAACGCCAUCAACCUUCUUCAUAUUCCGAUGUUAUCUCUUCAUAUGAAACUACAAAUUUGCUGCCUCCAGAACUUUUUUAUGCUUGUUCUCUGAUCUCUUCCUCUACCACUUCGACGGACUACUUCCAUAAUUUGGAUACUGCGCGUGAAAUUGCGAGAAUUGAUACAUGUAAUAGUAUUUUUGAUUCUGCCGUCUCUGCUCCGCCUUCUUCACUCUUGAAGUCAUUCUCAGGAAUUUCCUCUUGUUCGCUCGCGGACUUCACUUCAUCUCCUUCGCUUCAUCUAAUUCAUUCGAAUAUCGACAAGGCAGAACAGCAUCCUGGCGCCAUUAGGUCUACGACUCCCUUAAUUCCAAAUUUAUGUUCAGAACCUCAAGUGUUUGCUGAGAACAUGUAUGGCUUCAGCGAUUCGGUUCAUCCGAACUACAAUAUUCCAGAGGGUAACCUCAUUGACAUUCCAAAAGGCAAAAUAAGUAGGGAAAUAAAUGGGACAUUAAUUGGAAUUCCCGCGAAUAACUUAUCUCCUGAAAUUCAUGAACAAACGAGCCAGCCGAUUCCUUUAGCUCAGCAAAUGAUGAAGACCCACCCUAUAGCUAAUAUUGAUAAUCCCCCCGCCAAUGCUUCAUUCCAGCUGGGCGCAUCCGCUAGGCCUGCUUCGGGUGGAUCUUUCUCAGAGUCCUGUCUAUCUAAGCCAGAUUCCUUCGCAACUGCCCUAAAUUCUCGGCAGAUUGAAGCCAACUCACCCAAUAUCCAGUCAUUUGAGGAUCAUUUGGAGACCUCUUUGUUGGACUCGGCCGACGAAGAGAUUUGUGAACUCGAACAACUUCGUCGGGAAGUGAUGCAGCUUAGCUUAUCCUCUAGUGAAUCCGAGCCCAGUCAACCAAGUGGCUCUUACGGUACGUCUAACUCCUUGACCAUAUGUGACCGAUAG